AACGCUCUGUAGGCGGCUGUAGAAAAGCAUACGAGAAGAUGUUCCACUUCAUCGCCCCGCCUGUGCAUUCGAAACAUCUUGACUGUUGAUCGCAGCCACAGCACUGGGGCGGGGUUGUGGUCAGGAAGCUUUUAUAGGUCCACGUAAAGAUUGCCCACGUCAAGCUAACCCUACCGUCGCCAGCAUGUCCUUGGACCCACCAACGCUCACGUACGGCCUCAUCCUGCUGGGGACGGCAUUAUACUUCUUGAACUGGCUCAAAGAGAAUGUACCUGCGCUAGGACCGACCGCACCGCUGCUCUCUUACUGGGGAGCAUGCAAAUUCAUGACCAAUUGCCAGGAAAUGCUCGCAGAGGGGCAUACGAAGUUCGGCGGGAGACCGUUCAGGAUGGCAACUUUCCGACAUUGGCAGUAUAUUGUCUCAGAUCCUAAGCUCCUUGACGAGCUGCGACGAGCACCGGACGACGAGCUGUCUUUCGUUGAAGCCGUGUCCGAGGCCCUGGAGCUCGAAUACGCAAUGGGCGUGGCGGCACCCAAAGAUAUGUAUCAUGUGCCCAUUAUCAGGACGACGCUCACACGCAAUCUGAGCCACCUCUAUGGAGGGAUCUAUGAGGAGAUAUGCAGCGCAUUUGCAGACUGCAUCCCCGUGAAAGAUGAAUGGACUGCCGUGCCCGCAAUGGCUACCAUCAUGCAGGUUGUCGCUCGGACGAGUGCUCGCAUCUUCGUUGGUCUCCCUCUCUGCCGUAAUCAAGAAUUCUUGGACAUCAGCGUCAAUCACACAACAGACGUCGUCAAGACUGGGCUUAUACUUGGCGUGUUGCCCGCUUCCCUCAAGCCGAUUGUGAAUCGCCUGAUCAACAGGGUCGACAGGACCAUUGACCGUACGUAUGAUUUGCUGAGCUCCACGAUCGACGAGCGGCGAAGCAUGAUGGAACAAUAUGGAGAUGACUGGCCAGACAAGCCUAAUGAUCUGCUCCAGUGGCUCAUGGAAGCUGCAGAAGGGGCCGAGCGCGAACCGAGGGCCCUGGCAGCUCGUUUGCUUAUGGUCGACUUUGCCGCCAUUCACACGUCUUCCAUGAGCUUCACUCAUGCAUUGUAUCACCUGGCUGCAUACCCAGAGUAUAUCAAGCCGCUACGGGAGGAAGUCGAAGGUAUCAUUGCGGAAGACGGCUGGUCAAAGGAUUCGCUACAGAAGAUGCGUAAGGUCGACAGCUUCCUAAAGGAGUGUCAACGGUAUGAAGGUAUCGGUAGCUUAUUCCUUGAACGCAAGGUGCUGAAGGACUAUACCUUCUCCGAUGGCACGUUUGUCCCCAAAGGCAGCUGUGUCUCAACCUCGAAGAUGGCAACACACGACCAGCGCGAGUACUACGAUGAUCCGUGCGUCUUCAAGCCGUGGCGCUUUUCCGACGUGCGCGAUGAGACAGACGAAGGCACGAAGCACCAGAUGGCUAACACAAGUAUGGAAUACCUUCCGUUUGGCGUCGGAAAGCACGCCUGCCCGGGACGGUUCUUUGCUGCGAAUGAGCUGAAGACCAUGAUGGCGCAUCUUGUGGUAACGUACGACGUUCGCAUGGAGAAGCCAGAAGAGAUUCCGCGCAUGCUCUGCUUUGGCCCUACCACAUCGCCAAAUCGAACAGCGAAGGUUCUGUUCAAGAAGCGGAAGGACUGA